AGGAGUAGAGCCGCUUCUUCAGAAAACGACGACCAAAUCAUUCUACCAAUCGACAGUCAGACUCAUCACACUCUCACCACCCCCACUGUUGAGGACAAUUCAUUCAUUGAACACUGAAUAAACUGAAGAGUUUCUGUUAUUUGGAAUUUCACCAAUUUACAGAAUCACAAUCACCAUCAAUGGGCGCUCAAAGAAACAAUCAUAGAAAUCCCUGCAAAGUUACUUCUCAUGAUGCAACUUGUGGUACACCAACAUGGAUAGGAAAAGGCCUCACUUGUUACUGCUUCAAAAGGAAGGGGUCAUAUGAACGUAUUUGCAUUAACUUGACACCAUCGCAGGAACAAAAACUUAAUAGGUUAAAGCAUCGCAUGAAGAUUUACUUUGAUCCCUCAAGAUCAGACCACCAGGAAGCUCUCAAGGUUUUAUGGUAUACUACAUACCCGGAUCAACCGCUCCAUGGGUUAAUAUCCGAGCAAUGGAAAGAAAUGGGUUGGCAGGGAAGGGAUCCAUCGACUGAUUUCAGAGGAGCUGGCUUUAUUUCUUUGGAGAACUUGCUGUUCUUUGCCAAGACAUUUUCUACAUCUUUCCAGCAUUUAGUGAAGAAACUUGGUGGAAAACGUGCAACAUGGGAAUAUCCCUUUGCUGUUGCUGGAGUAAAUAUAACAUUUAUGCUCAUACAAAUGCUCGAUCUUGAUGCUCCGAAAGGAAGAACUUUUGUUAGAGCUGUUUUCUUGCAGAUGUUAUCAGACAACGAAUGGGCCUUUGAUUUGCUUUACUGUGUCGCCUUUGUGGUUAUGGAUAAGCAAUGGCUAGAGAAGAAUGCCACAUACAUGGAGUUCAACGACAUCCUAAAAUCAACGAGAGCACAGUUAGAGAAGGAACUUCUAAUGGAUGAAGUGUUAGGCAUUGAAGACAUGCCUUCAUUUUCCCUUCUUUGUUAACCCCGGCCCGGAAAAUAAAUGGUAAUGUAUGGCUGGAUGUUGGAUAUUUUGACUGAUUUUUCCAUUCUUUGCUUUGCCAUUUUACCAGGAAUCAUGAUAUCCUGCUCCAACUACCUUUCCCUUAGGUUGGAAGAUAAACUCUGAUACAAAUAAAUAAUACUUGUGCUUGUUAUUCUUCUGUUCAUACGGAAAACAUUUUAGUGAAAAAUUUGUCUAGAGCACAAGUUUGAUAAUGAAUUUUAUACGAAAAUA